AUGGCUGAUGUGUCGGAUGAUGGCGGAUCUGUUGCUGAUCGGAUCGACGAUUCUGAGAAAACCUCCCCAGAUGAGUUGAACGCAGUCGCCAGAGAGAACGCGCUGAGGGUUGAGCGUAACCGCAGGCGUACCGAGAGACGUGCUGAUGCGGUCAACUUAGCAGCCGUAUCUGACGACGAGCCACUGAUUGAGGCGCCCUCUCGAACAAAUUCUCCCACUCCUUCUCCCCCAGAGACUCCAUCUUCCGUUGAUUCAUCCCCAUCUUUGGUGAUGCACUCUGCCUUGCAAAACUUCGAUAUCAUAUGCACAAUCUGUUUAUACGUACACCGCGGGUCACUUUCUGCCCUUGCAUCCACAUGCCGCAUCUUCGAGGGCCCAGCGCUUGAUGUCCUUUGGAGGAAUCUGGAGUCCGUGGAGCCUCUUGUCAAAUGUCUACCGAGCAACCUGUUUGGUAUUGAGAAAGGACAUAUAGCAUUACGAAAACCUCUUGACGCCAAGACAUGGAAUAUUCUUCGCAAAUACACGUCUCGCGUGCGCUCCAUCACACAAUUAGACUCCCUGGCGAUUAUUAAGCCCCUCGCUUCGCUAAUACUGUCUUGUCCUUUGGCACCUGCUCUCAUGUUUCCAAACCUUCGCAGAUUAAAAUGGCAUGCAGAUGAAACGCACUGUGCUGCAGAAUUCUUGCGCAUGGCAUUUGUGCCCACCCUGUUGUCCUUAGACGUGGUGAUUUAUUCAGCUUCCUCCAUAUUUCUCUCGGUCCUUUCAUCUCUUGGGACCUUGUGCCCUCAACUCCAGAGAAUGUCUGUGGAAUCUCGAUCUCCAACAGACGACUCGGACAUGGUCCUUAAGGCCUCACCUUUCAUUGCCCAAUCUAUUUCACAACUCCACCAUCUCCGGGAAUUGUUUGUAUGGGACCUAGGAGACCAAGGCAAUGAGCACCUUGCGCAGCUGCGAGCUCUGCGUAAACUGUGGUUGGACUUGGAACCAUCGUCAGUUUGGGAAAGACGGUUGCACUUGCGAUCCCCCGGCUUUCGCGAUUUAGAUUUCUUGAUGUUUUUCAUCACCGAUCUCGAGCACGCCUUGGAAUUCCUGAAGUCGCUCCAGGUCAUCGGAAGCAAAAGCAUCCAGAUCCGCUUCAUCCCCACUCGCCCCUUCACAAUCUCGCUCAAUAGUUCCAUCAAAGUUAAUGCAAAACCGGACAUCUUCACGCCAUUAUAUCCAUGUCGCAAUUUAACUCGGCUGCUCAUUGAGAAUGGCUGUGAUAUUUCCAUGACUGACAAGGAGCUUCGCAAGCUGAUAAGAGCAUGGCCUAAGCUUGAAGUGCUGGCUAUCAGCCGCUUUGUCUCCAUCAAGGACACCGCGAUACCUACAUUCCACGCGCUAAUCAGUUUACCCCAGCUCUGCCCUGCUCUGACUUCACUCACUCUUGUCAUCGAUACCACCCUGAGGCACGGUAUAGAUCUCAAAUCCCCCAGUGGUGGAAUCCGCAAUCAGAAUCUCAAAAACCUCGUCCUCGGCAAUUCGCCCGUUGAUUCCCCGGCACAAGUGGCUCUAAUCCUCAAUGGCCUCUUCCCAAACCUGAAGAAGAUUGAUCUUGAUUGCUGGUAUUCGGCUCCAAAGAAAUUUUUCCCCCAGAAGCAGGCAGUGAUGCCACAAUGGGAGGCAGUUAAUUUCUCUCUUCUGAGCUUCAGCAUCGUAAAGGAGAGAUGCACGGAAUGAGGAUGUCGUUUGACUUCUAGGCUACGCUUUCAAGUAUCACCAUGUACACUUUCAAGUCUCUCUAUGCCUGAAUUUACUUGCAGUACAUAUUAUGCCAUGCGCUUAGAUUUCGUUUUAAUAUAAAAAGCACUCGCAAAACCAGUUGCUAAAAUGCUGCUCGUGCGAGUUCUGUGAUCUCUUUCUCUGG